GCUUCACGAUUAAAUGCUUCCAUGGCAUGAGUCGUGACAGUAUAUUCUUAUUAAAAAAGUUGUAAGACUUGACGAGGUUCUCAAGAACUGAGGGUAAAACGAGAAUGGCAUACGGGAAACUACACGUACUACCAUUGAGUCUUUUCAUCUUAAUUCCCGUGACAUUUGUAAUUACAUACACCAUAUCGGUGCAAUGGGACCACGUGGUGCCUGGAUUCCCUUAUAUAUCAGAGACCGGCACAUUAUCCCCGGAAUCCUGCAUAUUUGCGCAGUGCCUAAAUAUCGCAGCUCUUUUACUCGGAUGCUGCGUCUACAUUAGGCACCGGCAAGUAUUGCAAUGGCAGAUAGAGAGAGGUCGUAACCUCGUAAGCAGAAGACUUAUCGUAGUGACCGCAUGCUGCGGUAUCCUUGCUUGUUUCGGUCUAGAUAUACUAGCCAAUUUUCAAGAAGCUCGUGUAAUCGCCGCUCAUAUGGUGGGAGCAAUGACUUGCUUUUCAGCUGGCACACUCUAUUUUUGCUUUCAGACAUAUCUGAGUUAUAAGAUGGUACCAGCAAUGAAUGGCACGAUUAUCGUUUAUGUACGCGCAAUUCUCUCAGCUCUCACGUUGAUAUUAACAAUCGCUACAAUAAUUCCUGGCUAUAUCUCGAUGUCUGAAUUUCAAGGUAAUGAUUACAAGAAGUGGCUACCAGCAGACGGUGGUUGGGGCUGGCACGUCGCCAGUACUAUAUGCGAAUGGAUUCUCGCGAUAGUCUAUUGCGCGUUUCUUCUCACAUUCGUUCUGGAAUUUCGAUUAAUUAACUUUGAAGAUCCCGUAGUUACGUUAAUGUAUUUGGAUAAAAUCGAGAACACGGAGUUACAUAAAACGGAAGCAACAACGCCACAAGAUACUUAUUGCACAUUAUCGCAAAGAAAAUAGUAAAGCAACAAGAAACCAGAAUAAUGAAAAUAGCAUAUAAGUAUAUACGUAUUAUAGAAUAUAAACAGAAAAAACAAUAAUUUAGUCAAUCACAACGGAAAAAUAAGACCUGACAUAUGAAUUUCCUAUGUUAAUAAAGAACAAAAUAUAG